AUGACUACCAGCGAGGAGUCUGAUGUAGUCAUUCUUCGUUGUGGAAACAAGACGAGCAGUACUAAUGCCCAAAUCACUCCAGUACCCCAAACGGAAAAUAUUCACGAGACUCUCCAGUGCAUUCUGAGCUCCUCGCAGAGCAGCUACACAGGUGGUAAGGUAACGAGCAACGUUCAACAGAAUAUUAGACAGAAAGUCACCCCAGCGAGUCGGAAAAAUCUCCCCAUUGGCAACGAGCCUGUCCAAGAGGCGAGUCCAACUAGCUCAAAAGAAGAAGCGUUGGAGGAGCUUAACCGCCUUCGGGCACAGAUAGUCCGACAGGCACAUCUGGACCGUUUUAAGGACCUUAACUACCCUACAGCCAAUCCUGAGAUUCUCGAAAGAUGCAGGUCUGGUCCUGGAACCGACCCAAACUCGGAGUUUUACCUAUCGAUUAAGAAGUGCCGUGUUGCUCCAAUACAAUCGGCAAGUGUCCCCGGUAUAACGGGCUUAACGUCUGGUAGUACUCAUGAAACUCUUAAACCCAGCGUAUCUAAGACUUAUAAAUUAGCUGCCCAGUGGGAAUACUAUGAAUGCAGCCCUACUGUCUAUCCUAUUGUUAAGGAUAGAGAGCUGAACCUGUCAUCUGAGCCAACUGAUGAACACAAACGUAUAUUAACACAGCUUGCACAAACUGCUGGGCUCCAGGGUGGCACUGGAGGCGAGAAUACAGAGUCUGAGCAGGAGCUGAAGCAUAGCUGGACAGAUAUUUAUUAUGCUAAUUGGGAGUAUUAUCCACAUGCCUGCUCUUCCAGCUACGAGGCCUUUCGCGAUUGGUUCCGUCGUUGGCUCGACGGCACCAUUCAUAUUUGCUGCUAUGCCGAUAUCUACCACCAUGCUUUUUUUGAUGGGACGGCGCAUCCAGAUGGCAUACGGACCAUGUAUAUUCCAGACUUAGAGGAACAAACGACUCUCCUAGACAUGGACGACAAAGAGUCGCAGCUCCAUUGCCAUGAAACCGUCCAGGGUUAUUGCCACAACUGGGAGCUUCACAAUAAAGAGGAGCGUGAUGAAGAGCAACUUCGAAGGAAAAUUACACGCGAGCAUUAUCUUGAAGGCUUAAGAAAUUUUCCGCAGCCCAGCGUCAGUGUGCUUAAAGAGAACGUCUAUCUGCGUCCUGUUGAAAUGGGUGAUGUCCCAGGACUCCUUGAAAUUUUCAACUGGUAUGCACACAAUUCUCCUUUGAGUACUUAUGUCGAGCCACUUGAAGCUGGUGAUAUUCGCCAGUGUAUUGAUGACUGUACCGAGGAAAAACUGCCUUUUAUUGUUGCCGCGGAGCGCAAAAUCAGGGCAACGGCGGAUAAUAGUCCUCAAAAGAUUCUGGGCUAUGCACUGGCGACUGACUACAUAGGACGCAGAACCAGUGGUCGUUUUACAGCGGAGCUGGAGCUUUUUGUUAAGCCUGGACACACGCACAAGGGUGUUGGAAAGUGUCUAAUGGAUAAGCUUCUUGAAGUGUGCGACCCUACCUACAUUCCGAAGCGUGGGUAUUUCUUCGAUUGCAAUACUGAAGACCGUACCGGCUACUGGGCAGGAGGUCAACGCAGGCUUGGCCGCCUUCUUUUUGCCAUCAGCUACCCAUCUGACAAAAGACCUACCUACAGCUGGGUUGAAGAAUGGCUCAAAAGGCAGUACGACUUUGAAGAACAGGGUCGACUCAAGGGUGCAAGAGUCAAAUUUAGCCAUUUUCUCAAUGUCACUUACCUUGUUCGAAAUAUCGGCCACCAUACGGGCGAUAGUGCUCCCAAGGACGAAGACUUCGUGCUUACACUCUCCGAUGAUGAAAACGAUGCAUUUAACGACAUCAAUGAGGACGGAGAUGACCAUGCAGACAAAGAAACGGCGAAUUCAACCACCAAGAAGCGCAAGAGGGACACGGCGGAGACAACACAAAGCCAGAGCAAGAAACAGAAGCAACAGAAGCUAUUGAAAAACGGGAAAAAAGAGAAGACAGGUGAAGAGACUGUAUCUGAAUCGGAGGAAGAGCCAGAGGAGGAAGACGAUGCUGGGGAGGAUGAUGGGGCACUGAAUUCGGAUUUCGAGUUUGACGUCGGCGCUGCAGCUCAGAAGGACGUGGUUGAAGGUUUCGAUGGAUGGGGAUUAGAUGAUACGAAAGACGGUGCAAAUAAGAACGGCGAUAAACAGGGAGUGGACAUUGAUGAGAUCAUAUCGAGGAGACAAGCGAAGAAAGAGGCCCAGUCGAAAAAGAAGCAGAAGAAGCAGGAGGUUGAGAGCGAAGAUGAGGGGAGUGAAAAUGAGGGUGAUGCCUCGGAUGGAGGGAUGUCAGUGGAUUUCCAGGACGAUGAAUUGAUGGCUGAAGAUGCGUUUGGAAUGGGUGCUGACGGCGAGGAUGAGAGCGGGCAGUCUGAUGCACAAGAGUCGGCCAGUGAAGAUGAGCAUGUAGGCAGCGAUGAUGAUGAUGAUGAUGAUGAUGCCGCCUCUGACAACGACUCUGUCGCAACCCCUGUCCAACAUCCCGAUGAUGUUGCUUCAGACAACGAUGGCUCAGAUGCCGAGAGUGAGGUUGAUGCAGAAGAAGAAGCAAAGCGCAAGGCCUUUUUCGCACCUGAGGAGCAGACUAGCGAACAAUCUGCAGCUGAGCUGUCUAAAAGGUCAUUCCAGGAAUUCAACCUGUCCCGACCCAUUCUGCGUGGAUUGGCUGCGGUCAACUUCACAAACCCGACCCCAAUUCAGCGCAAGACAAUCCCCGUGGCACUUCUCGGCAAGGAUAUUGUUGGUAGUGCGGUGACCGGUUCAGGAAAGACGGCUGCUUUCGUUGUUCCCAUUCUCGAGCGUCUUCUGUUCCGCCCCCGAAAGGUCCCUACUAGCCGUGUUGCGAUCCUGAUGCCCACUCGUGAACUGGCUGUACAGUGCUACAAUGUGGCUACCAAACUGGCUACGUAUACUGAUAUCACGUUCUGUCAACUUGUUGGUGGUUUCAGUCUCCGUGAACAAGAGAAUAUCCUGAAGAAGCGCCCUGAUGUUAUCAUUGCCACUCCUGGUCGUUUCAUUGACCACAUGCGUAACUCAGCGAGCUUCACUGUUGAUACACUCGAGAUUUUGGUCUUGGAUGAAGCCGAUCGGAUGCUGGAGGAUGGUUUUGCAGAUGAGCUGAACGAAAUUUUGACUACCAUUCCGAAGUCACGGCAGACGAUGCUCUUUUCAGCAACCAUGACCGAUUCAGUCGACAAGCUUAUUCGAGUGGGGCUUAACCGGCCUGUACGACUAAUGGUUGACUCUAAGAAGAACACCUCCAUGAACCUGGUUCAAGAAUUUGUGCGUUUACGACCUGGAAGGGAGGAUAAGCGACUGGGAUAUCUUCUUCACCUAUGCAAGGAGGUUUACACGGGACGGGUUAUUGUGUUCUUCCGGCAGAAAAAAGAAGCACAUCGUGUGCGGAUUGUCUUUGGGCUCAUUGGAUUGAAAGCUGCUGAGCUUCAUGGUAGCAUGAGUCAAGAACAGCGUAUAAGAAGCGUUGAGAAUUUCCGUGAGGGCAAGGUAUCUUUCCUACUAGCUACCGAUUUGGCAGCUCGUGGUUUGGAUAUAAAAGGGGUGGAAACGGUCAUUAAUUACGAAGCUCCUCAAAGCCAUGAAAUCUACCUGCAUCGAGUCGGUCGUACUGCUCGUGCCGGUCGCUCUGGUCGAGCCUGCACGAUCGCUGCCGAGCCAGAUCGCAAGGUGGUUAAGGCAGCUGUCAAGGCUAGCAAGGCGCAGGGAGCCAAGGUCGCAAGCCGAGUUGUCGACCCAGCCGUUGCCGACAGAUGGGCUAAGAAGGCCAAGGAUCUUGAGGAAGAAAUUGACGCAGUGCUCGAAGAGGAGAAAAUAGAAAAGCAGCUGGCGCAAGCGGAAAUGCAGGUGACCAAGAGUGAGAAUAUGAUUAAGCACGAAGCGGAGAUUAUGUCGCGACCAAAGCGUACAUGGUUUGCAAGCGAACGUGAAAAGAUUCUCUCUAAGAAGGCCGGGGCCGCAGAGCUUAAUGGAUUGGAUUCUGUGAAGUCGAAGAAGGACAAGCAGAAACUGAGCAAUAAGGACAAGAAGCGUCUCGAUGACGCCCGCCAGCGUAACGAAGGAAAUAUUGGAUGGAAGAAGGGCAAAGUGGACCGAGAAUCUCAGAAGCAAGGGAAGAUUCAGAAGAGCAAGAAAGAUAAUAAAAAGAAGGGCAAGAAAUGA